AUUUCCUACAAACGUUACUUCAGUCAGCUCAGGCCCGUGGCAUUUGCCUGCAAGUUUUCAGUGUCCUCAGUCUGAUUGUGGACAUUUGUAGAAGCCAGUGAUAGGAGAGCGCCAGAAAGAAAGGUGACAUUUCUGAGUUGGGCGGGGGAUGGUCGCACGCAGUGCCACUGCCCAACGACUGUAGAGUAUCUGAGGGGUGCUCAGGGGCGCCUGCCAUUUAAAGUCACUGCCUCGCCAGGAAUGUGCGUCCUCUGCGCAGUGAGGCUAGGCGCUCUCUGAGUGCACUUUAUUUUUAACACUUUGGGUGGGACGAACGCCGUGCUGAUGGGAAUGACCGUUGUGCGCGGCGACCCUCCAUGUUCCAGUCCCUGUCCCAUACCCUCCUUACCUUACUCCCACCGUACGGAUCCACGGCCGUGACUCAACUCUCGCCAACUCUUAAUGGAAUUAUAAUUGGAUCAAAGGAGGGUCAAAAAGAAGACUUGAAGAAAAGGAGCACAGUAGGUGAUCGUUAGGCUACCCGUUCCUUUUGCAGACACCUGGUGCUAGUGUCCCUGUUCUUCACCCAUCCCCCGCCUGACCACCACUGACAUUCACCUCCGCCUCUCACUGGCUCUCCGAGGCAGCCAUGACGUCCACCACGGACUUCGACAACGUUGAGAUCGCACAACAGUACAGCCGCAUCAACACACGCUUCGAACUGUUUGACGAGGAGCUCGACAAUGACAACAGCUCAGCCCGUCUCUUCGAGCGCUCCCGCAUCAAAGCCCUCGCAGAUGAACGUGAGGCAGUGCAGAAGAAGACCUUCACUAAGUGGGUGAACUCCAUCUUGGCCAGGGUGUCCUGCCGAAUCUCAGACCUCUACUUGGACCUCAGGGAUGGACGCAUGCUCAUCAAACUACUGGAGGUCCUCUCGGGAGAACGACUGCCCAAGCCCACCAAGGGCCGGAUGCGUAUCCACUGUCUGGAGAAUGUGGACAAGGCACUCCAGUUCCUCCGAGAGCAGCGGGUUCACCUGGAGAACAUGGGCUCACACGACAUCGUCGACGGCAACCACCGUCUCAUCCUGGGCCUCAUCUGGACCAUCAUCCUCCGCUUCCAGAUCCAGGACAUCAUCGUGGAGACGGGCCAGGCCGACCAGAGAGAGACGUACUCGGCCAAGGACGCGCUGCUCCUGUGGUGCCAGAUGAAGACGGCUGGGUACCCGAAUGUGAAUAUCACCAACUUCACCACCAGCUGGAAGGAUGGUAUGGCCUUCAAUGCCCUCAUUCACAAGCACAGGCCAGACCUGGUGGAAUAUGUGAAGCUGCAGAAGUCCAACCCCACACACAACCUCCAGCAUGCCUUCAAUGUAGCCGAGCAGAAGCUGGGUGUCACCAAACUCCUGGACCCCGAAGAUGUGUUCACAGAGAAUCCGGAUGAGAAGUCCAUCAUCACGUAUGUUGUGGCCUUCUACCACUACUUCUCCAAGAUGAAGGCUCUGGCUGUGGAGGGAAAGAGAGUCGGAAAGGUCCUGGAUCACGCUAUUGAAACAGAGAAGAUGAUAGACAAGUAUGACACCCUGGCUUCAGACCUGCUGAUCUGGAUCGAGGAGACCAUCGUCGUCCUGAACAACCGCAAGUUGGCCAACUCCCUGAGUGGCGUCCAGCAGCAGCUGCAGGCCUUUAACACCUACCGCACCGUGGAGAAACCACCCAAGUUCCAGGAGAAGGGCAACCUGGAGGUCCUUCUCUUCACCAUCCAGAGUCGCAUGAGGGCAAACAACCAGCGCGUGUACACUCCCAAAGAAGGCAAACUGGUGGCUGAUAUCAACAGGGCGUGGGAGCGUCUGGAGUGUGCGGAGCAUGAGCGGGAGCGGGUCCUGAGGGACGAGCUGAUCAGACAGGAGAAGCUGGAGCAGAUGGCCCGCCGCUUCGACAGGAAGGCCGCCAUGAGGAUGACCUGGAUCAUGGAGAACCAGAGGCUGGUGGCGCAGGACAACUUUGGCUACGACCUGCCCGCCGUGGAGGCCGCCAAGAAAAAACACGACGCGAUCGAGACCGACAUCGCCGCCUACGAGGAGCGCGUGCUGGCCCUGAUGGCCAUGUCCAAGGAGCUGGAGGACGAGCACUACCACGACGCCAAGCGCAUCGACGCGCGCAAGGACAACAUCCUGCGGCUGUGGGAGUACCUGCAGGAGCUACUAAAAGCCAGGAGAGGGCGCCUGGAGAAGAACCUCACCCUGCAGAGGAUCUUCCAGGAGAUGCUCCACAUCAUCAACUGGAUGGAUGAGAUGAAGGCACGGCUGCUGUCUCCGGACUUUGGGAAGCACCUGCUGGAGGUGGACGAUCUGCUGCAGAAGCACGCUCUGCUGGAGGCGGACAUCGCCGUGCAGGCCGACAGGGUGCACUCAGCCAACGCAGCUGCGCUCAAGUUCGCCAACGGGGACAGCUACAAGCCAUGUGACCCCCAGGUGAUCCGAGACCGUGUGCAGCACCUGGAGCUCUGCUACCAGGAGCUCUGUGCCCUGGCUGCCCAGCGCAAGGCCCGCCUGGGACAGUCGCGUCGCCUCUGGAACUUCUUUUGGGAGACGGCCGAGCUGGAGAGCUGGAUCCGCGAGAAGGAGCACAUCUUCUCCUCGCUGGACUACGGCAAGGACCUGACCAGCGUGCUGGUGCUGCGCGCCAAGCACGGCGCCUUCGAGGACGAACUGGCCGCCCGCCGCGGCCACCUGCAGGAAGUGAUGGACGAGGGCCAGGAUAUGGUGACGGCCAAGCACUUCGGGGCGCCCCAGGUGCAGGCGCGCAUGGACGAUGUGCGGCGGCAGUGGCGUCAGCUGGAGGAGCUGUCGGCGUUCCGCGCGCGCAACCUCGGCGACACGCAACGCUUCUUCCAGCUGCAGGGCGAUGCUGACGACUUCCGCGCCUGGCUCCAGGACGCCACGCGGCAGGCCACCUCCGACGACGUGGGCCACGACGAGUACACCACGCAGCGUCUGGCCAAGCGGCACCGCGACCUCCGCGACGAGGCCGCCAAGAACGCCGCCACGCUCGACGGGCUCCAGAAGCAGGCGGCGGCGCUGCCCGAGGAGCUGCGCAACACGCCCGACAUCCAGACGCGCCUGAGCGACGUGCGGGACCUGUACAUGGAGCUACUCUCGCUGCUGGAGCUGCGGCAGAAGAAGCUGGACGACACCAUGGCGCUCUACACCAUCUUCAGCGAGACGGACGCUUGCGAGCUCUGGAUGGGCCAGAAGGAGACGUGGCUGGUGGGCCUGGAGACGCCCGAGAAGCUGGAGGACCUGGAGGUGGUGCAGAACAGACUGGCUAUCCUGGCCUCAGAAAUGGACAACAUGCAGGCACGGGUGGACGAUGUCAACAAAGCAGCCAAGCAGCUAGAGGACAGCAGACAUCCCCGCACCAAGGAGGUUAAGGAAUGUCAGACAAGACUCAAUAAGAGGUGGGCGGCCUUCAAGGCCAUGGUGGAGGACAAGAAGCACAAGGUGGACCUGGCCCUCAGCCUGCACAACUACGGCCUGGACUGCAGCGAGACGGAGACGUGGAUCAAGGACAAGACGCGCGUCAUCGAGUCCACGCAGGACCUGGGCAACGACCUCGCCGCCGUCAUGACCAUCCAGCGCAAGCUCUUCGGCAUGGAGCGCGACCUGGCCGCCAUCCAGGACAAGCUGGACUCGCUGCGUGGCGAGGCCGAGCGGCUAGCCCGAGACCACCCCGAGAGCGCCGACCGCAUCCGGGAGCGCCAGGCGUCACUGGACAAGGCCUGGGACACGCUGAAACGCACGUUAAAGGACCGCGAGGACUCGCUGGGCGAGGUCAGCAAGCUGCAGACCUUCCUGCAGGACAUGGACGACUUCCAGGCGUGGCUCUUCAAGACGCAGAAGGCCAUCGCGUCCGAGGAGAUGCCCGGCAACCUGCCCGAGGCCGAGGAGCUGCUGAGCCUCCACGACGCUGUGCGCGCCGACAUGGACGGACACGAGGAGGACUACCACCAGGUGAGGGACAUGGGUGCGGCCGUCACCCAGGGCCAGGAGGAUGACCCGCAGUACCAGCAGCUGGAGCAGAGGCUCAAGGGCCUGGACAAAGGCUGGGACGAGCUACACAAGAUGUGGGACAGCCGCAAGAAUUUCCUGGACCAGGGUCUCGGCUUCCAGCAGUUCAUGAGGGACGCCAAGCAAGUGGACGCUGUCCUGAACAAUCAGGAGUACACCUUGGCCCAUCUUGACCGGGCAGACACCAUGGACGGAGCAGAGAAGGCCCUGAAGAAGCAUGAGGACUUUGUGAGCACCAUGGACGCCAACGAAGAGAAAAUCAUUAGCACACUGGACAGUGGACAGAGACUAGUAGACAGCAGGAACCUCUAUGCACCAAAGGUGAAAGACAAGAUGGACUCCAUCCAGGACAGAUACAAUAAAAAUCGAAGGAAGGCGAUAGAGGUUUCAGGCAAAUUGAAAGACAACCGGGACCUUCAACACUUCCUUCAGAAUACUCAGGAUCUCACAUUGUGGAUAAAUGAGAAGAUGCUCACCGCCCAGGACACGUCGUAUGAUGAGGCCAGGAACCUCCACAGCAAGUGGCAGAAGCACCAGGCUUUCAUGGCUGAGUUGGCCUCCAACAAAGACUGGCUCAAUAAGAUUGACCAGGAGGGCCACGAGCUGAUGCAGUCCAAGCCGGAGUUCGAGCCCAUUGUGACAGAGCGUCUGGCCCAGCUCCACGAGCUGUGGGACAAGCUGGAGUCCACCACGCAGGACAAGGCCCGGCUGCUGUUCGACGCCAACCGCUCCGAGCUGUACGACCAGAGCCUGGACGACAUGAAGAAGUGGCUGGGCGAGCUGCAGAACGAGCUCCAGGGAGACGACGAGGUCAAGGACCUGGCCAGUGCCAACAGGCAACUCAAGAAGCAUCAGCUGACGGAGAACCAGGUGCGGGACCGCGGCCGCGAGCUGGAGGAGCUCCAGGAGGCCGUGCAGAAGCACGCCCCGCUCAGGGAGGACCGGCCCGAGAUGGAGGCCGAGCAGCAGGCCCUGCAGAGGGAGUUCCAGAAGGUUCUCACCCCCCUCGCCCAGCGCCGCGGCAAGCUGGAGGCCGCCAAGGCCGUGCACCAGUUCUACAGGGACGCUGCGGAUGAGAUCCUAUGGGUGGAAGAGAGGUUACCGCUGGCGAUGUCUCAAGAGCAUGGCAACAAUCUCCAGUCUGUCCAGCUCCUCAUGAAGAAGAACCAGACCCUGCAGAGGGAGAUCGAGGGCCACCAGCCGCGAGUGGACGAGGUUUUGGAGCGCGGCCAGCGCAUGGCGGCGGCGGCCGAGGGUGGUCCAGAGGCGCAGCGGAUCCGUGAGCACGCCAAGGAGCUGGAGGGGGCGUGGGCGCACCUGCAGGACGAGAUGGCCAAGCGCCGCCAGCGGCUGGACGGCUCUAACGAGGCGCAGCAGUACUUCAACGAUGCUGAAGAGGCCGAGGCCUGGAUCGGAGAGCAGGAGCUGUACAUGAUCGCAGACGAGAAGGCCAAGGAUGAGCAGAGUGCCAUGGUGAUGCUGAAGAGGCACCUCAUCCUCAAGCAGGCCGUGGAUGACUACGCCGACUCCAUGCGGAAGCUAGCAGACCGUGCCCACAAGAUGAUGGCAGAGGAUCAUCCAGAUGGUGAGGCGAUCCUCCGUAGACAGGGUCAGGUGGACAAACAAUACGCUGGACUGAAGGAGCUGGCCGAGGACCGCAGGAAGAAGCUGGACCAUACUUAUCAUCACUUCCUGCUCAGCCGCGAGGUGGAGGACCUGAUGCAGUGGAUCGCCGAGCGCGAUGUCAUCGCCUCCUCGCAGGAAAUGGGACAGGACCUCGACCACGUCUCUAUCCUGCGGGAUAAGUUCAGGGACUUUGCUCGGGAGACAGGUACCAUGGGUCAGGACCGCGUGGACUCGGUCAACCAGAUCAUCGACCAGCUGAUCGAGGGCGGACACACGGAGGCCGCCGCGCUGGCCGAGUGGAAGGACAAUGUCAACGAGAGCUGGGCUGACCUGCUGGAACUCAUUGACACUCGGGCGCAGCUCCUCACGGCCUCCUACGACCUGCUCAAGUACUUUUACGAUGGUAAGGAGCUGGUGGCUCAGAUCCAGGAGAAGCAGAACAAUAUUCCUGAGGAUGUGGGAGAGGACUUCAGCAAGGCCGAGUCCUUCCACCGCAUGCAUGCUGCCUUCGAGAGGGACAUCAGUACACUGGGCAAACAGGUCCAGCAGUUCCAGGAGACCGCCGCUAGGCUGCACGCCCAGUAUGCAGGCGACCAGGCCACAGCCAUCCAGGCCACGGAGAAGGAGGUGAUGGAGGCCUGGAAGGGCCUGCUGGACGCCUGUGACGGCCGGCGCGCCCAACUGGUGGACACGGCAGACAAGUUCCGCUUCUUCACCAUGGUCAGGGACCUGAUGGCCUGGAUGGAGAGCAUCAUCCAGCAGAUCGAGACCCAGGAGAAGCCCAGGGAUGUGUCCUCUGUAGAGCUCCUGAUGAAGUACCACCAGGGUAUCCGUGCCGAAAUGGAAACUCGGGUGCCAAAGUUCACAGAAUGUGCCGACCUUGGCCGGGCGCUGUUAGCUCGCAACCACCGUGACUCAGCUGAGAUCAAAGAGAAGCUAAUGCAGAUGAUGGAGAAGAAGAAAGAGAUGAUGCUCAAGUGGGACGACCGAUGGGAUUGGCUCAGAUUAUUGUUGGAGGUGUGCCAGUUUGCACGUGACGCGUCGGUGGCGGAGGCCUGGCUGGUGGCCCAGGAGCCUUACGUGGCCAGCAGGGACCUGGGCCUCACCGUGGACGAGGUGGAGAAGCUGCUCAAGAGGCACGAGGCCUUCGAGAAGUCCACUGCUGCCUGGGAGGAGCGCUUCUCAGCUCUGGAGCGUCUCACCACGCUUGAAUUGUUGGAAAUUAGGAAGCAGCAACAGGAGAUGCAACAGUACAUGACAGAUGAAGAUAAAGAUACCAGCAGGAGAGAAGACACAGGAUUUGUGGAGGAUUCCUCCCAGCUUUAUACAAUAGAAGAGCAGUCAAUGUCUGCCUCAGCUGCAGUGGAGCCAACCUCAGGUCACACAGAGGGCACCGUGGGCGACUCCACCGUGCCCAUCGUCUCGGAGAUGCACGAGAGCGCCUCCAUCGAGCUGGACCCAUCCGUGUCCAGCCAGGUCGCUAGCAGAGAGCCCGAGAAGGCCCAGACGCUACCGGCAGAACCGCCCCGAACACAGGCCGUCAUCUUAGAGGGCACCUUGACACGCAAGCACGAGCUGGAGCCAGCGGGCAAGAAGGCUUCCAACAGGUCCUGGAACAACCUGUACUGUGUGCUGAAGCCAGGACAGCUUUCUUUCUACAAAGAUGCCAAGAGCUUUGGUCAUGGUGUCACAUACCACGGUGAAGACCCCAUGCUGCUCAGCAACGCUUCCUGUGAGAUUCUGAGCAACUACAAGAAGAAGAAGCAGGUCUUCAAGCUACGGCUGGGAGAUGGCAGUGAGUAUCUGUUCCAGUGUAAAGAUGAGGAUGAGCUCCAGAAAUGGACCCAGUCUGUGGGGACAGCCACCCUGUCCCUGGUGGAGGAGGAGGCCCCUGGGCCCUCAGGGUCCACCAGGGCCCGCAGCCUGCCCCCUCCCUCCUCAUCCACCAUCCCCGAGGCCUCCUCCGCCAAGAAGGACAAGGAGAAGAGGUUCAGUCUCUUCACCAAGAAGAAGUGAGCAAGUGAGGCGGGGGCCAUCGUCACAGACAGACACAGAUAGAGCACCAGAGUAGAGGGUGCUUUUCUGGCCAGGGAUCGGGUUCAGAUGAACUACCCGUCAGUGGAAUAUGAGAUGAUUUUUUUUCCUAUUUGUCUAACUAUAUUUUAUUUUUACAUUAUAAUAAUUUGUAAGGAUUAUCCAUAUUAGGUAAUGUUCCUGAUAUUUCAGUGACAAUACAACACUGCUGCCUGUAUUUAAGCCUGUGAGCACUGACCUUUUGUGUUUGUUUUGUUUCGUUUCUUCGCUUGUUUGAUUGUUUUUUAUUUCUUUUUUACUUUUUUUUCUCCUUUUGGGCACAACCCAAAUUCACUUUGUUACCAAGUACAACACACAUGCACAGGAAUGCUCUGCCCACUCACCUUCAACCAAAGAUUAUUUAUAAUAUUUGCUUUUUGUUUUCCUCUUCCUCUUCUAGGGCAUGUUUUUAGUAUAUACUUGUAACCUUGUAUUUUAAAGCCUUGUCAAAGAGUGGUGUUUCUUAAUCUGCCUUAUAAUCCACAAAGAAAUGGUUGUGAACAGUAAUACUGUGCUUCUCUGCAUCCGGAGGACUUGAGCUCUGAUUAUCAUUGAUUCUCUUUAUUGGGCUAGGAUAUAGAAGGUGUAGUCUUUUCAAUGCUGUUUCGCCAACAGGUGAUGUUGUUGUGAGUGGAAAUCACUGUACAGUACUGUAUAGUCAUAAAGCACAACAGGGACACCGAUUACGAAGGCAGAUAUGCAGUAGAGCCACUCAAAGCAUACAGUAUGUUCAUGUCUGUUUGCUCUCAAGUCCAGGCAACAGGGAACAAGGAUCUUACCCGGAAUUACGCAAAUUAUAUGUUUUCCAAAUGUUGAGAUUUAAUAUGAACAAUAUGUUAGAUAUAGAAACAAGCUAAAACACAGUAAUACUAAAUGUGUUGUACAAAAGCUAGAAUUAUAACCAAAUUGUUCUCACGAACUUUGUAUUAAACCUUGCAUAUCAUGCA